UUUGGGGAGAUUGGUUUGACUCUGACCAACAACAACAAUCAAUCCAUCCAUCAAUCAAAACUUCAACCACAACCCCGCAAACUUCACUGUUGCAGUAAUUGCCGUUGGUCGCGCAGUAGUGCUUUAUCAUCAUGGGCUAUAGCCCGGAAGAAAUAUUCAACAAUCAGAAUAUCCGCCUCUGCUGCUUUUGUUGAUUCUAAUUCUUGACCUUUACCUUCUUCUUCUGCGGAGAUAUCUAUCAAUUCCGACACUGAUUCCUCUGUACAUAUAUAUAUAUAUAUGUAUAACUUCUCUAAUUGAAAAUGGAUCCGGAACAGACAUUUAUAAGGGUGCAGGAGCGCUUCUCUGAGAUGCUGACUCCCAGAAUCAGAGCCAAGCUCGAGUACUUUUUCCUAUUCUUGGCUAUUACCCUCUUCUGUAUUCUCGUUGUCAUGCACGCCAAUUAUGUUCAACAGCCUGGCUGUUCGAGUGAGUUCUCUAGUGUUCAAACGUCUGAUGCCCAGCUUAUUCAGAUUACGAUUACAAGUGCUGGCUUGUGGUCACAUAAUGAGGCUGUGAAUGAUGUGAUAGAUGUUCAUGAUACAGAAACUGAAAUUGAAAUUGGAAAACCGACCAAUGUUGAUGGAAAUGGUUCGCCUCAUUUGGCUGCAAAAUCAUGGUUGAGUUGGAUUAGCUCCGAUGCUAAAAGGGUGAGAUCUCAAUCAGGAUUUUGGAAGACUGACAAUGAUGCCUUGGAAUCUCAACAAGAAUUUCCUAUUGGCAAUGAAAGAUUUAAGCCGGCAUCUGAUGAUGUGACAGUGAAAGUCAGUAAAGACGUACCACGUAGUAGGUUCUUUAUUUCACCGAAAGAAUCCCUCAGAGCAGCAAUAAUGCAUAUUGGGAAAAAGUGGCAUGGGCGUUUAUCUUUCUUUCUGAGACUAGCAAGGCGAACUCUUGGAGGUUUAUGGGAUAUUGCUGGUAUAAAUUUGAAUUUUGAUAUUCCCAAGUGGCUCAAUAUCUUACAUUCGGACAGGCUCAACUCCUAUGCAGUGCAGUGGCUUGAAAAGAGAAGCAAGGCAUUUGAACCAGCGUACUUAUAUACCAAGGAGAAGGGUUAUUUCCUGUUGCCUGAAGAAGCCAGAUCAAGGCAUGGUAUUCGUACCACUAAUAUCAGCAUUUCAGCCCGGCACAGUUGCUUUGGCAACCGGUGGCAGCAGCUGCUGAUAAACAGGGUUGUAGGAUACGACACUAUUUUGAUGAACAGUUUGUUGAACUCUCCGGGCCAUGGCUACCUCUAUAAUUACCAAACAAAGGAGUUCUACAAUCUUACUUAUGCUCAUGAGCAACCUGAAAGUUCUGCAAAAUUUGGAGACUAUCUUGUGACCAAGUGUGGUGUAUUGAUGAUGUCACUUUUUGUUUUCUUCACAACCACAAUGUCGGUAUCAUUUACAUUGAGAGAGACACAGACUCGUAUGCUGAAGUUUACAGUGCAGCUCCAGCAUCAUGCUCGGCAUAGGCUUCCAACAUUUCAAUUGAUUUUCGUGCAUGUAAUUGAAUCACUUGUUUUUGUUCCGAUAAUGAUUGGAAUCCUAUUUUUCCUCUUCGAGUUUUAUGAUGAUCAGCUGUUGGCUUUUAUGGUUUUAAUUCUUGUCUGGAUCUGUGAACUAUUCACACUAAUCAGUGUUCGUACGCCAAUAUCAAUGAAGUUCUUUCCUCGCUUCUUUUUGCUCUACUUUCUAGUGUUUCACAUAUACUUUUUCUCCUAUACAUAUGGGUUUUCUUAUUUGGCUCUCUCAACCUCCGCAGCAUUUAUGCAACACCUUGUCCUCUAUUUUUGGAACAGAUUUGAGGUUCCGGCUCUCCAGAGGUUUAUGCAAAAUCGUCGGUCACAUUUCCAACAGCAUCCAGAUUUUCAUAUUACAUCGUCUACUAUUCUUGCCUCAACAUUGCGUAUCACAAGAUUAAACACGAGGAACUCUGGGCCUGUAAACACUGAGUUGGCCUCUGGACCAGUAGUUCGAGAUGGAGUUGAUACAGGAACGGCAAGCAACACUGUAACUGGAUUCUCUGGUUCCGAAGAACAACCAAGUAAUGACAAUCAAGGUAGGUUAGGCAAUCCUCUUGAUAUUGGAGGGCAACCUGUCCUUCGUCAGCCAGAAGGCGGAGGCAUUCGUGGGGCUAUGAGUUCAUUUAGUUCACUGUUGUUGUGGAUCCUGGGUGGCGCUUCUUCAGAAAGCCUCAACUCAUUUUUCUCAAUAUUCCGGGACUUGAGAGAUCAAGGUCAAGUUUAUGCAGAACCUCCACAGCGAGAAAAUCAUGCAGCACAGAACAAUGAAUAAUGUGGUGAGAAGUCUGAAAUACUGAGUUGGGCCAGAAAUCCUUUCAUGCCUAGUUUGUUCCGUAUUUUGCAGCCAUUUGGCUCUGAGGAGAUGUGAAUUAUAAUUCCUCACAGCCAUUUGUAGUAAUUACUCAUGAUUUUGUGAAAGAGGCUAGUAGGACUAACGCCGGAAGCCCCACUGCUUAAAGCCAACCGUAAAGCCACAAGAGAUCAUUCUACCAAUUAUAAAUGUGGUAUACUGUAAUAUCCUUGUACAGGAGAAGGGAUUGGGCAUUGUAGGGUUAGAAGCAAAAAUGAUAGGUUCCGUGCGUAAACUAAUCACAAAUGCACAACUAUCGUCAAAGUUGUAUGCAGUGACUUGAUUCAUUGAUCUGGAGAAAUACGUCUUUCCGUAUCCAUACUCUCAUUUUGCGUCUAUUUACAUCUAUUUGGAACUUGAACCUAAAAGUGUUGUACUUGACUACUUGCAUUGCCGUAUUUACUGUUUGGCAAGACCGCAACGGGAACCAAAUUCAGUA